ACUCGUUGACAACGUUGCUCGCUGACCGGAACUUGCUGCAAUGGCUUCUAAAAAUGCUCCAAUUCUGGUUAAUUUUCAGCAAAACCGAGGAUUGAUAUACGAUGCGGAAGACUACUUCACGCUUCGCGGCGAUCAUCGAAUCGUGGGGAACCUCAUCGGAAUACCGGUAUCGCAUCCGAGAAACGUUAACCAACAAGGCCUCCCGGCGGUACUGACAUGUUACGAAUUAAAACUUUUAUUAGAAAUAGAUGUAGUGCGGCUUGUUGACAAAAAUGCGGCCUUUAUGGCUGCACCGAGCGAUCAGCAAGCCGAGCGUUAUUUAAACAUGACCCAGCAACAGAAGGAAGAGCUGAGGAGACCGGUAAUAGAGAAACGGUUAGCGUCCUUCCAGAAGCAUUUACCUAGGAUUAUCGAAGGGAAACGGAAAAAGUGCAUCAAAUCCGGCCACGACCUUGAAGCAGCAAUUAACAUCACAACGGAAAAGCUUCUUCAAGAUGAAAGGGACCGAUUGGCAAAAGAACCUUUUGAUAUACUUGUCCAACUACCUACCAAGCAUCCUCUGGAAGUUGAUUCCACAUUCCUACCAUUGCAUUUGAGUGCGGAAGAAACACUUAAAUUUCGUGUAUUCAAGGCCCUGUGGAACGAAGGGGGAUACAUAACAGUCGGGGACGCAUUUGGCUGUGAUUUCUUGCUGUAUCCAAACGAUCCGCUUUAUUUCCACGCCUCACAUAUGGUGCACGUGUUGAAAGAUAAAAGCAGAAGACUAGAUGUGAAGUUCCUGAUUAGAAUCUGCCGUCUGGCAAUCGUGGUGAACAAGCUCUGUGUUAUCGCCUACCUAGACGAUCGUUGCGAUGGAGUGGUUUUUGAAACUCUAGAAUGGGAAGGAAAUGCGAAUAAACCGGAUUCGAUCUAACAAACGGGAA